UGAAACAUGAAGGUGACUUGAAGCUACUAGAGUAGGUGGUUGGCUUGACACAGGACACAGUACUAAUAGUACUACUACUACUACUACUACUACUACUGCAUGAAGGAUAUAAAGUGUGUCGUGGUUGGUGACGGAAAUGUUGGUAAGACGUGCAUGCUAAUCUCGUAUUGUACGGACGCGUUUCCGGGGGAGUACAGACCCACUAUAUUUGAUCACUACUCUACUAAUGUACUGGUGUGCGGGCAGGCUGUUAGUCUCAACCUGUGGGAUACUGCAGGUCAGGCUGACUAUGACAGAUUGCGACCACUGAGCUAUCCUGAAAGUGAUGUUUUUAUCAUGUGUUUCGCUCUGGAUUCUGAAAGCAGUUUGAACAACGUCCGUAACAAAUGGAAACCUGAGGUCGCCCAUCACUGUCCAACAGCCCCUAUAUACUUAGUUGGAACUAAGUUAGAUUUGAGGACAAGUUCUGAGAAACUUAUCACACCCCACCAGGGACAAUGUCUCGCAAAAGAGAUAGGCGCUGAAGUAUACAGAGAAUGUUCGGCUCUCACUCAGGACGGUUGAAAGGAAAUGUUCGACGAAGUUAUGAGGGGAGUCCUGUUUCCUAGGAAACGGCAACAGAACAACAGAAUUAAAUGUACUGUUUUGUAAUGUUUUAAGAUUUAAUUAUUCAGACUAUUUGUAAAUUUUCAGAGCAUUUAUGUGCAUACCUUAGUUUCUAGCCAUGGACAAUCACGAACUGUACAUUGGGACUGCAUACCUUGGAAAUACCUCGCUUUAAGUGAGAGCUUUCACCAUGUCAGUAUGUUAUUAGGAUGACUUAAUACUGUAAUGGCUCAGAGAUAUGCACGUCGUGUGAUGAUCUAAUACCGUUCACAAAUUGUAAAUACAAACUUGUAGAUUUCCUUUUUAUUUGUCUUUAAUGACGAUUUGUUUAUUUCAAAUUUAGAGUGGCUGCUACUGAUUUUGACUGAUUGUUGUUUAUUCAGGUAAUUUACAUACUGCUGAAAAAUGACCUGCGUGUAUGAUAACACUGUAAUAUCCGUGCCAAAAAUCUAAAUAUUAUGUCGAAGACGUAAGGCGCCCUGCUAAAAUAUUGAAUUAUGCUCAAGAAGGCAUGGUUGCGCGCGCGUUUACGCGCGUAUUUUGACAAAUCUUCAGAGACUUUGUAUUUGACUGUCAUAUGCAGGAUAAAUUACGAUCCUCUAACAAAUAUUAUAAAUAUUCUUAAGGUCGCAUCAAUUCUAUUAUAAACUUACAACGUUUCUCCUUAUGUUGCUCUUUACGGCUAGUCAUGGUUGCACCUGUCCUAAGCUGAAAUACCCUAGACAAGACUAACCAAGUACUCAAAUUGCAUAUUAACUGUACAUCCUUGUUAGCAUGGGUAUAACAUUCUAACUUUGUUUGUCAAUACAUUGGAAUUUGUGGCAAUAAGGAUAAGUUACUGUAAUGUGCGACCUAUUAAAGGUAUUCUAGUGCUAGGAGCCCGGUUUUGGUCGAAUGUUGGGAAUUUGAGCUCGUCAUCUCCCGCGUGCCUGAAUGCCUUAUUUUAUAUUAGGUUAGAAGGUAUUGGCGGAGGUAUAAGCUAUGAUUUUGAUACUGUAUGUUUUUAGUUGAUUUGUGUACUGAACACCUCGAUAAUGUUUGUAUCAGAAAUGUAAUAGAUUAUUCAAUUUUCGAUGCUUUU